AGAAUCUCGUAGUUACAUAUAAACAACCAAAGCAAACAAACUGGUAAGAAGGUUUAUAAGAAAAUAUUUGUUUAGAGACAGGCAUAUUACUACCGUAAACAUGGGUGGAAGUAAGAAACUCAGAAACCAACAAAGAAGAAACGAAUUUAAAACCCAACAUGGGCUGGCGAACAAGGAAAAUGAGGGCAUGUUCUCCGAACUAGAGAUGAGGGGGAUGCUGAUUCAAACAAUUUUAACCUCCGCCAAAAGUGGGACCCGGUUCCGGAAAAUUGUGAACGACAACGAUACGAUAGAGUACGUCAUCGAGAACUUAGGAGACUGUGGGGGUUACAAUGAGGGGUCGGGGAGUUUGGUGCCAAGCGUCCAGGGUGAGAACUCAAUAGUGCCUUACGGUGCCGGAGGACGGAGUCGUCUCGACAAUCGUGCUCUAGUUCCACAUCUGGCUAACUCUCUGGGUUCAGUAAUUCCCCAAAGUAUACACAUCACUGUAAAGAAGCAGCCGGAAAUUUCCGGCUUUGACCGCAACUUGCGACGAAGCAAUCAAGACAAAGUAAGAAAAGAUAAAACCAUACUAAAAGAAGGUGUGGGUCAAUGUAAAAUUGACAAUCAGAAUGUCUAUGGAAAUGUUGCACCCAAGAUGUCUAGCAGAGGUUUGACUUUGACGGCAGAAAAUUCCUUUCCACGACCAAUACAACAUCACCUAUCCGCGCUACAGAACCCAGCAAUGCCUACUCGAUCAUUGGGCCACAACAAGAUUGAAACUGAUCAUUUGUACGACACAGAUUCAGACGAGGAUUUAACGUACGGUUUAAAAAGUUCAACAAAACUUCCGGAAAUUUUAAACAAAAGUCUUUUUGUUGACUCGGAUAUUGAUUCCGAUGAGGGCAAUGACCUUACAAGUAAGACCAAACAAAACAAACAAUCUCCACACUACUCUAUUGAGAAACGCGACGCUUUGAAAGAGACUUCUACUUAUGUGGAUAUACCCAAUGAUAUACCUGACUCAUCUUUAGAGUACUUGGAUUGUAAGACAGCUUUAGACAGUGAAACAGCUUUAGACAGUGAAACAGCUUUAGACAAGGAGACAGAUUUGACGGACGAGGCUCACAAGAGUCUUGCCGUCUAUCAGAAGAAGGAUGCCGUGUGUUGGUGUGAGGCGUGCGACGAAGACGCGACAGAGCAGACCAACUGCUUCCACUGUGGACGUCUGUCGUACUGCAUGCUGUCCUGCAAGAGAUGCGCGUACGUCAAGUACUGCAGCGAAACGUGUCGGGCUGCAGGUUUAGAGGCACACGACAAAACGUGUGAGCAGACAGGUGUGUCUUAUAUUUUCAGACAGGUAUGUCUUAUAUUUUCAGACAGGUACGUCUACUUCACGCAGAAGAAGAACGAGUUCCUCAGGAACCCAAUGUCUGCAGGCAGCAAUUGUCUGAUAGCCCAGUUUAACCUGGUACCCAGCACGGUCGAACACGCUAAAGGCACUGGUGUUGGGCUUCUAGCUGAGAUUAUUCAAGUCGUCCAACACACGAAAUUUUACCUGCUCACAUUACAGGAUGUGAAAGGAGACACCGCCCACUUUAUCAUGGACACGAGCGAGGGUCAGUCAGCGGCCAAUCUGGCCAGCUGGGGGUACACUCUAGACUGGACUUCCGGCAUCCGGCCAGGGAACUUCCUCUUGAUGCCACAGUGCUACUGGAAACAGAGCUCAGACGGCAGCAAGUACCUCAUGUCGCCCUUAUGUCCCCUUGUCAUCUUCUUUUAAAAGUUAUGUCCCUUUGCAGUCUUCUUUCAAACGUUAUGUCCACUUGUCAUCUUCUUUUAAAAGUUAUGUCCCUUUGUCAUCUUCUUUUAAAAGUUAUCUC